AUGGAAUGUAAUGAUAAUUUGAUUAGAGGCGCGCAUAUGCAAAUAUUUGAAAUAAUUGUGACGUGUAUGAAAAUACAGCCGCGACAAAUUGUCCCACCUCGACUGAACGGGAAUUGUUCUCAUGUCUAGAAGUGGUAAUAUCAGAAAGGGUAACCGCAUGACGGCGCCACGAGAGCGUCGCGACGCGAGCUGCGGUCGUCAGGCGGCGCCGGUCGUUCGUCACGAAACGAGGCGGGGUUGCAGGAGAGGUUCUCGUAUGAAAGAAGGAAAGAGUUGGGAGGCGGUUCGCGUGACGUAAAGUCAAGUCAAGCAAAAGAGAAAGAACCGAGGGGAAUCGGGUGAACAGAACGGUGUAUGUAAGGCAUAUACGGCGAAGCUAGCGCCUCCGUUUGUAAGCUCUGUUCGUUAAUUUUCGUACCUUUCGUAUCGGUUAAUGAAAGAGAGAAACCGAACGAAUUCCAGAAAUUAAAUGUCAACUUGUGUCAACUUGCAGUACCUCCACGAUCCCUUUCGUCAAUUACUCCCACCUUUCUUUUCUCUCACUUUGCGCACGUACACUUUCGCUCUUUGUCAUUUUCAAUUUUAUGUCCUUACACUGGUGCCUGUCAUUCACGAAAAUACACUACCAGUUACUACCAGUUCUCUACGGUGAUAUCACGGUGUAGCAAGAUCAAAUCGACGACGAAGAAAAAGGAAAAAGAUCCGUGCAUGAAACUACAUACGAAUGCAUGCGAACAUCAUGUGUGUCUUCCUACAUGUACGUGUUAUAUCGGUACGAGGUGCGACAGUGCCUCGUCGUAGGUCUGUUUUGACUCUACCAGUGACUAACUGAGCGUGCAAAUUCAGCAACUUUGUGGCCGGACAAUGAGUCGACCAGGAUAACGACUGUAAACACGGAAACACUGAGGGAUCCUCUUAAUUCUACGAGGAUUUUCUAUCAUCGUCUUUAUUCCUAUCAUCUUUCUUACGGAGAUAUAUAUGGGAAGACGUAUGCAAUAAUUUGCUUGCUGCAGUGUCGUGUUAAAUCCAAUUUUGUUAAAGUAUCGCGAUUAACAGAUACUUUAAUACGAGUUUGAACGAGCAUUGUAGCAUAAAUUUCAUUGAAUGAGACUUCAGAUAAGAAGACUUUAAAACAAAAACGGGAGGAACGCACAGUGACAACGAAAAAAAUUAUAAUUUCAACGAAUAAAUGUUAUAAUGGCUACAGUAGGAAAAAUUGUACAAAAAGCAGAUGGAUCAAAUGGUAGAUGAUGAGGAGAUACAUCAAAUAAUGCGUAACACGUUAUGGCCGUUUCUGCACACAAAAUUCAAAAGAUCGUCCGUAUUUUAUAAGAACUUACUCGAUAGAAUAUAAAUUGUUUAUAAGAAUAUAUAGAAACGCAUCGCUGCCUUUUUCGUAAUCGAAUAAAAAAGACCUCGCAAUGUUGAAAUACGCGCAAUCAUUACAGAAGAAGACGGAUUCGUAAAAAAAAAAAAAAAAAAAAAAAAAAAAAAAAGGAAAAAAAAGACACAUUUAGAAUUUACAUUAUUCAACGAAUAUUCAAAAUAAUUACUAUAAUAAGUAUGGAUGAGAUAAAAGUGGCAAACUUAGGCCAAGCGGCAUCAGCUGCAUGCUCGAUGGCUACGAAUUUUUUGGCGCCAGUGAAAACUGAACGGCAGAUCUACGAGAAUUCAAUGCUCGAGGACGAUCCCAAUGCCAAUUCGGUAGUCUCAACUUCACAAGAGGACAGAACCGUACCAAGAUGGGGUCCCAAUCACAAGGGUGCUCAAGAAUUAGCAAAUCUUUAUAGUACUGGGAAAAGGACACAAGAGUGCAUUUGUGUCGGGAUCUGUAUUACACUCAUUAUAGUUAAUUCAAUAUUUAUUCUUGUCAGAUUACGAUUAGAAAAUUUAAGCUCGAUAGCGAUAGCUGCGUUUUGUGGCAUCGUUACGGCAGAUUUUGGAUCUGGAUUAGUUCAUUGGGCUGCUGACACUUGGGGUUCUGUAGAACUUCCAAUUCUUGGAAAGAAUUUUUUAAGACCAUUUCGAGAACAUCACAUUGAUCCAACAAGCAUAACAAGGCAUGAUUUUAUAGAAACUAAUGGUGAUAAUUUCAUGGUCACAAUUCCAUUUCUUUAUAAAUUAACAUGGGAUUUCUUAACUCUCCCAGAAUCAGAGAUACAACAAAAAUUUGUUUGGACAUGUUAUUGGUUUCUACUUGCAAUUUUUGUAGCAAUGACUAAUCAGAUACAUAAAUGGUCGCAUACAUAUUUUGGAUUGCCUUCCUGGGUUAUUUGGUUGCAAGAACAUAGAGUUAUAUUGCCUAGGAAACAUCAUCGCGUGCAUCAUGUUGCACCACAUGAAACUUAUUUCUGUAUUACUACUGGAUGGUUAAAUUGGCCAUUAGAACAACUUCGGUUUUGGUAUAUUCUAGAAAUUAUAAUUGAAAAAGCUACUGGCUGUAAACCCAGGGCGGAUGAUUUGAAAUGGGCACAAAAACGAUCUUGAGAAUUAAUAUAUUUUAUUAUUUUAUGCAUUUUUAUGGAUAAAAAAAUAAUUUAACAAAAAUCGAAAUUUUCCAUGGAUUUGUAACUUCAUGGAAAAAAAUAGAGAAAAAUUUCAAAUAGAAUAUGCUGAGAGGAAAGUUAAAUCCAUAUUCAAAUUUUUUUCUUAUAUUUAGCACUACGAGGCCUUUCCUACAAAAGAUAGAUAGCGUGAUUAAAGACAUUUAGUACUACUUAAGUAUGCUUUUGAAGUUUACACAUUUAUAAUAUAUAUAAAUGCAAUAAUAUAAAUAUAUAUGUAUAUACAUCACAUAAGUGAGUACGAAAUCAUAUUUGUGUAACUAUGAAUUAUGAAUUAACAAUUGGCCUGAUGAAUUAAGCAAUUCUAUGUUUAUGCACUGCACAAUCAUUACACAAGUAGCACAAAUUUGAAGCAAAAAGUAUUAAUUUAACAUUUUAUAUAAUAAUUUAUGUAUUAAAAAGCUAUAAUCAAACUGCAGUACAUUGUGAAUGAAAAGUGUCGCGUAAUAUAUUUAAAUUUUAAACACAAUGUUCAGUGGCUAUGAAAUGAAAUCGAAUGAAAUCGAAUGAAAGAUAAA